UUUGCAUUUGUUUCUUUUUGUACACGGUGGAGGAAGUGAAAAUACAGCUGAGCUUUCAAUUUGUAAACAGAGUUUGCAAGAUCAUUAUUUAUUUCUGAUCGCUCCUCAGUAUUUGCCUCAAUUGACUUGAAUUGCUGCGUCAAACAAUGCGGUUCCCCUCUGAAAUCGUAUGUCUGAAGUUGAACGUCCCGUACUGGAGCUGCCAUCUUGGUUAAUAAAAUGGUGGUUGAUGCCCGAGUUACGUGGAACCGUGUUCCGAACCUUUAAGCUGUUAGCAGAACACCGUCAACAUGGAUCAAAAGGCUGACCCGGAGAUGAAAGGAUGGCUGUCCAAGUGGACUAAUUACAUUAAAGGAUACCAGCGCCGCUGGUUUGUGCUGUCAAAUGGAUUCUUGUCCUACUACAGGGAUGAAAGUCCAAAGGCUUCCAAGUUAUCUUUUCGUGGGAGGCGGUUGCGGCGGACUCGCAGUGAGAAUCAGGCUGAAAUGGCCCACACGUGCCGAGGCAACAUUAGUCUUCAUGGUGCCAUGAUUCAUACUGAAGAUUCUUGCACAUUUGUUAUUUCUAAUGGAGGCACACAGACAUUCCACCUUAGAGCUGCUAAUGAAGUUGAGAGACAAAGAUGGGUAACUGCUUUGGAACUAGCCAAAUCCAAUGCUAUUAGAGCUAUGGAAUCAGAUGAAGAGGAUGAAAUAGUUUUGGAUGACCAAUCUCAAAGCCAGGAAGCAGAACUGCAAAAUAUCUUAAAAAAUCUAUCAGCUCGGCUAGAGGAUUUACAGACUUGCAAUGAUCUUAUUGUGAAGCAUGGAUCUGCUCUUCAGAGGUCACUGUCAGAACUUGAAACAAUUGAUACUGCAACUGAUGUUCCAUCCAAAAUUAAGGCUGUAAAUGAGAGAGCUACACUUUUCCGUAUAACAUCAGCAACUGUCAUCAAUGCAUGUCAAGAUUACCUUCUGCUCGCUCAAUCUCAAGGCCGAAAAUGGCAGAAGAUGCUACAGCAUGAGCGUGAUCAGCGGCAAAGAUUAGAGGAAGUUGUAGAACAACUUGCAAGGCAGCAUUCUCAUUUGGAGCAGGCUGCCAAAGAUCAUCAGACUCCUAGAACUAGUAUGCCCCAAGUCUCCCCUUCAGACGAGGACGAAGACAACGAGUUUUACGACGCCCAGUCUGAUCAGAGUCAUUCUGAAAACCAACAAAACUUCAUAAUCAAAAUCCCAAUGGGUCACCGAAGGACAUCGUCUGCUGCAAGUUUGGGAUCGCAGGGAGCUGAUAAUGGUCCACGUGAUAGUCAGGAUGAAGCUUCUGGAUCCAGCAGUGAUGUUGAAAAUUCGGAAACCAAAGUGCUUGUCAUUAGCAGUGGUACCAAUGCAGAGGCUGGUACGAGUCAAAGUAAAAAGGAAGUUGGGGAGUCAUCAAGCAAGAAAGAUUCAAGCAAAGCUGGUACUUCUAGCAGUUCUCCAAGUGGCACUGUAUCCCCGCCAGCUGUUAUACGAAAGCGUAGGACAAGAGUGCCAGACAAGCCUAAUUACCCCCUCAAUUUGUGGAGUAUAAUGAAAAAUUGUAUAGGAAAAGAUUUGUCUAAGAUACCCCUUCCUGUCAACUUCUGUGAGCCACUUUCUAUGCUACAACGUGUCACUGAGUCCUAUGAAUAUUCAGAUAUUUUGACAAAGGCUGCAUCAUGCAGUGACCCAUGUGAACAGAUGGCAUAUGUUGCUGCAUUUACGAUAUCCAUCUAUGCCAGUACUAGUAACCGUACCGGAAAACCUUUCAAUCCAUUACUGGGUGAAACUUUUGAAUGUGAUAGAAUGGCAGAUUUAGGGUGGAGGGCCAUCUCUGAGCAGGUCUCACAUCAUCCACCAAUGGCUGCUCAGUAUUGUGAAGGAAGGGGUUGGCGAGUAUUUCAAGAAGUUACUGUUACUUCCAAGUUUAGGGGGAAGUACUUUCAGAUUAUUCCUCUAGGCACAUCACAUUUGGAAUUUGAUAGUUCAGGCAACCACUACACAUGGCGUAAUGUGACAACAACUGUGCACAACAUCAUUGUCGGGAAACUGUGGGUGGACCAGCAUGGUGACACUGAUAUUAUCAAUCAUAAAGAUGGAAUAAAAUGUCAUUUGAAGUACAUCCCAUACAGUUACUUCACUCGUGAUUGCCAAAGAAAGGUGAAAGGCUGUGUUAUGGACAAGGAUGAAAAUGUUAAAUGGAUUGUGACUGGAACAUGGGAUGAUAAGGUUGAGAUUGCCCCUGUCACUAGUGUAGAAGGCGACAGCAACAACCCUGUCUAUCGUACAGGACCUUAUAUUGUGGCAUGGCAGCGCCGUCAACCUCUUCCUGAGAGUGAGAAGUAUUACAAUUUCACUGAACUGGCAAGUCAGUUAAACGAAGAAGAAGAUGGUGUUGCACCAACUGACUCUCGUUUGAGACCAGAUCAGCGUUUGAUGGAAAGUCAACGGUGGGAUGAGGCAAAUACUGAAAAAGUGCGACUUGAAGAAAAACAGAGAGCAGUUAGAAGGAAACGAGAAGCAGAGGCUGAGGCAGCAUCUGCUGCAGGACAAUCGUACCCUCCCUAUGAGCCCAUCUGGUUUAAGAAAGAAAAAGAGCCUUGGACAGGCCAAAUAUGCCAUAUCUACAAUGGAAAUUACUGGGUGUGCAAAGAGAAACAGCAGUGGGAUGUUUGUCCAGACAUUUUUGGUACUCCCUAGUUAUCUUUCACUUCAUCUGUUGGCUGAUCAACCCUCUCCCAGAUCUGAAGCAACUGCACAUUUGUUGAAGUCAUUUACCAUUAUGAUUGUAAGACUACUUUUGUAAAUACUGUAUUUAAGAGCUAGGCAUGUAAAUGAACACUAUUGUAAUUUUGAUUUGGGAAACUUUGAAGGGCUAUUUAGGAACAUGCAGUGAUGUACUCUUAUGGAAUUUUUACAAAUGUCUGUCCUUUAUUUUGAACUCUGUAAAUAGGUUUUGUUAAAUAGAGACCACUGUAUGUUAACUUUGUGAAUACGUUUGUUUUUAUUUUCAUCUGCUGUGUCUCUAUAUUUUCUCAGUACUUUACUUGCUCAAAAAAGUAUCAGAAGUCAUGCUAGGACAAUCACAGAGAAGCAUCAUUUAGGUAGUAUGUAGCAUAUUAUUAUUAAGAAUUGUUAGUGAUUCUCUCCUCUUGUUAAAAUAUGUACAUUUGCAGUAUUUUUUCAGAAAUUUUAUACUUCCAAGUUAUAGGUAAAAGGCUGAUUUUCACUUGUCUGGAACUGUGUCCGUUUUUGUUUUGUUUUUGUCCUGGCUUGGUGUAGGGCUUUGAGAUUGUCCUCCCUAGGUAGUUUCUUUGCAUUUAUUUUUCAAAAACGGGGUUUUUGGUCACUAGUGUAGUGGUAGAGUUUAUCAGUGCUUUCAUGUGCAUAUCAGAUCCCCAUGGUGUUAUAAAACAAUAGAUAAUAAACAUCAUAUCUCGCAUAUACAUAGCAUGUAGCCUGUAUUUCUCUUUAACUAGAAGUGGCUUGGCUCCUAUAGAUUUUGUUUAGAAAAUCUUUGUACUUGUUCUAACAUGACCCCUGGUACUUAAGUAGUAGUAUUCUUUUUUGAUUUAUCCUCUUAUGUAGGAGAACUCAUCAUGUUGGAUAAACCAUUUUGUGAUUUUAAGUUAGUAAUGAGAAGUCUAAGAACUAACAAUUCACACCUGACACCUGCAAGUAACUUAAAUAACCUAUCGAAUUUGUUUACAUUUUAUUACAGCUGUAUUCUUUGAAGAGAUUUUAACUUGACUUCUAGUAAAAUCAUGAUUUGCAAAUAUGUUUGUGUCCAUAUUUUGUUAGAUCUUAAAAUGUCUAUUAUGUAAUGGAGACCGCCUGGGAGAGAUUUGUGGUGAGGAGAUUUUGUAGAGUCAACUGAUUUAAACUUAAUGUGCUGUAUGCUUCAUUGUUAAAAUUGUGUUGUUUUUUCUUGCUUUGCAUUUUAAUAUGGAGGACAAGUAUUGUUAAUUCAGGUGUAUUUGGAUGUAUUUGUUUUCUAAAGUCGCCAAAUAUUUAUUACAAUACUAAAUGUGGCCUUUUUUUUGACGUUGGUUUUAAUGAAGUUUAGAGUGGCUUUAGUUGCCUUAUACUGAAAACAGUUGCAUAUGAGAGUAUGAAGAGAACAAUUAUUUCCAUAUAUUUUUAAUGCUGUUCUGUCAUUUUUAUUUGCUUUAGUUGAAAGUAAUCUAAGUACAUAAUACAAUUCAGCUUAAAUUUAAAAUGUUAACUUGUGUUAUUUGGUGAUUCAUUGAUCAUUGUCAUCAAAUAAUGUAUACCAUGUUUUAUGUGAGCUGUACUGUCAAUUUCCAUACAGCAGAUCAAGUUCAAAUGAACUUUCAUAUAAAACAGUUAUUUAAAUAUCCUACCAUUUUUAUGGCUUAUUUGCUUUCAUAUGCUGAUAAUGAGAUGAGUUUUUAUUUCGAUAGUCCUCUUAUGUGAGCCAUACUCUUUUCUCAAAUGUUCUAGUUACAAUUGCAAAUGAUAGAGAGAAAAAAAAUUGGACAGUUGUUCAAGGUAUUUUUAAUGUUUUAUAUUUUAUUCUGUACAUAUGUUGAAAUGAGAUGCUUUAUUAAAAGAUUCCUAUAUGUGUCUUAUAUCUUUUGGACAGCCUUACCUCUAAGCCACAAGUUAAAUCAUGUUAAAUGAUGAUAUUUUGCAUUUUAGCUCAUUUUCAAUUUCUGUAUGAAAUUUGUGGCUUUCUUCAUGACAAGCGCACUGUAUUUACGACUUAAAUUGUUGUACCUGUCUUUUACAAGACGGGAAGCAAAUUAAUUAUUGUUGACAGUUGAUUGUUUUGUGCUGUGAGAGGCUUUGUUAUACAGAACAGUGGAAGUCCAUGCGUCUGCAUACAAUUUGUUUAUACUCAUUGUGAAGACUUAAUAAAAACAUGGUACCUUUAAAA